GCGCUGGGCUCACGGCUUGCGUUAUUUUGUGGGAAACCAUUUUCUUCUUACCUUUGGAAAGCAGUCGCCUUCAAAAAGAUGCCAGUAAUGGAUCCGGCAGAGUUAUUGAUGAUGUGACCUACAACACUUUCUUUGUGGAAAUGGAACUUACAUCCAGCCAAGCCAACUUCAGUGACGACGAUCUUCGCAGCAAGUGGCCAUUCAAAGCAUUGGGUGUACCAGCAGAACCCUUGUUUGUCCACAAGGUUACAGUGACAGCAGAAAUGUCACUUGUUCUCAACAUGUUUUUCUCAGAAGGCCUCAAUGAUGUCCGUUCCACUGAAUAUCAGUCACUAUCUAGCGAUCUCACAAAUCAGCUCAACAACCUUUACAUAGAGUACAGUGGAGUCUUACGUACAUCCGUAUUGGGAUUCAGACCAAACAAUGUAAUUGCAGACUUUCAGGUUCAGGGAGGCUACAUGGAUAUUUUCGACCUGCUCAAAUUUAUCCGAAAUGAUUUAGAAUACCUUCAGCAACGAGGACUACCUGUUGACAUGGCACAAAAGCGGAACACCACCGUGACAGUGACAGAAAAAAUGUCACUUGUUCUCAACAUGUCAUUCUCAGAAGGCCUCAAUGAUGUCCGUUCCACUGAAUAUCAGUCACUAUCUGGCGAUCUCACAUAUCAGCUCAACAACCUUCCCAUAAAGUACAGUGGAGUCUUACGUACAUCCGUAUUGGGAUUCAGACCAAACAAUGUCAUUGCAGACUUUCAGGUUCAGGGAGGCUUCAUGGAUAUUGUCGACUUGCUCAAUUUUACCCAAAAUGGUUUAGAAUACCUUCAGCAACAAGGACUACCUGUUGACAUGGCACAAAAGCUGAACACCACCGUGAAAGGCUUGGCGUUUAUCCCAGCUGAUCCAUCGUCAGCCAUCACAGAGGGAUGCCGGGUGAAGCUGGAUUGUGUUCUGCCAAGCAAUGUCCAAGUCGGUGUGACGUGGACCAAGAAUGGUGAAACUGUGCAGGAGAAUGGCCAAGAGAUGCAUUUCUCAACAAUGAGUGGAAUCACAUCCGUGAAAUCUACACUGGUUAUAAAUGAAAUGAGAACAAUUUAUGAAGUACCGGUCCUAGAGGAGCUCGGUCAGCGCUGA